GUCGCUAUCUAAAACUGUUCGGCUUUUAUUUGUGCCUGUCAUUCUGCGACUGCUUUUGCUGUUAUUUCCACUUGAUAUCAAAGUACUAUUAUUAAAUAUAUUAAGAUGAUGAACAACAGCUUCGCACAGCCAAUGUGGUCAAAUGGACCUUCGCCCGGUCAAUUUUACAAUUUCAUGGGGGGCAAUGCCCCAACACAACUGCCGCGAGAAUUAACAACUGCAGGUCCUUUCGGUACCAAGCACAGCACCGCUGCAAUUACUACGGGCUCCUCAGUGGUGGGCAUCAAAUUCGAUGGUGGUGUCCUGGUGGCUGCUGAUACGCUGGUUUCCUAUGGCUCCCUGGCACGUUAUCAGGAUAUUCAACGCGUAUUCAAGAUCAAUAACAACAUUUUGCUAGGCGGAAGUGGAGACUUUGCGGACAUACAGUCUAUCAAGCGUAACAUCGAUCAGAAGAUGAUAGAGGAUCAGUGCUACAAUGAUGGUGUCAUCAUGAAGCCUGGAGAAUUGGCCAGCUGGUUGACACGCGUGCUGUAUAACCGACGCUCACGCAUGAAUCCACUCUACAUUGAUGUUGUGGUUGGUGGUGUUGAUGAGACCGGUAAACCGUUUCUGGGUAAUGUUGAUAUGCGAGGAAGGGCCUAUAAUGAUUAUGUAGUGGCCACCGGCUUUGGACGACAUUUAGCUCUACCGCUUGUGCGGGAGCGCAAGCCCAAGGAUCGCGAUUUUACUUUCGAAGAGGCAACCAACUUGAUUCGUGAGUCUAUGAAGGUGCUGUAUUACCGUGAUACGCGCAGCAUUCCCCAAUACACGGUUGGCAUUUGCACUGCCGCCGAUUGCAGCAUAAAAGGCCCCUUUAAAGUAGAAGAAAACUGGACCUUUGCUGAAACCGUAAAAGGCUACUAGGCUGAAUUUUCAAAUACAAUGUAAUUUAAGAACCAAACACAUUAAUAAAGCCUGUAGGCUCUUGAAAAUAACAAA